CUAAAGGGAGGGAAGGAAGGAGGGAGAGAAAGAGGAGGGGAGAGAGAUGCCACCCAAAUUACCAACAGAAACAGUGCAGAGAGCUUCUCUUCUGGAUUCCUAGGACACAGAAGACCUUACUUUGCUGUUACAACAUUCCUUCAUUCUACCAAGAUAGAAAUGUGCAGCAACAGCAGUAAUUUUCUCAAUCAGUAACAGACCCAACUGGAUGGCAAAUACUUCAAGAUAAUGCAGCUUUUGGCAGUGACCUGGAGAAUCUGCCAUCCAAGGAUACCAUAAUAAGAUACAUAUACACAGAUCUUCUACAAACAAAUAGAAGAGAGAAAGAAUUUUCUAGACUGACUCCAGAAGACCCAUAUUCUGUUUGACUAUCACAUUUUUGGACAAAUAUUUUAGGAUUCAGGAUGAAUAAUACAAAGGCUUUUAAUUAUAUUUUGCCUUUCCUGAACAGUAAGAACUGGAGCUCAAACCAAAGCUUCCCCAUGCACAUUUCUAAUCAGUGCAGGAACAUCACUGACCUUACUGUCUUUCUGGCCACCUCUUACAGCUUGGAGACUGUCCUAGGCAUUGUGGGAAACAUCUGUCUGAUUGCUGUCAUUGCUAAGCAAAAGGAAAAAGCCAAUGUCACCAACGUUCUAAUUUCCAACUUAAUAAUUUCAGACUUGUUUAUGUGUCUUGUCUGUCUGCCUUUCACUGUUGUUUACACUAUGAUGGACUACUGGAUAUUUGGGGAAGUCAUGUGCAAAAUGACCUCUUUCACUCAGUGCACAUCUGUGACAGUAUCAAUUCUUUCCCUAGUUCUUAUUGCUUUGGAAAGACACCAGCUUAUCAUAAACCCAACUGGCUGGAAGCCAAAUAUCUCCCAAGCCUAUCUAGGAAUUGGAGUAAUUUGGACUUUAGCAUGUCUUAUGUCCCUGCCCUUUUUGACUACAUCCAUCUUGUCUAAAGAUUUGUAUGAGCAGCUCUCACAUAUUAUGAAUUUUUCCACUGACAAGGUCAUAUGCAUUGACUCGUGGCCUUCUGAUCAACACAGACUUAUCUACACUACUGCUUUACUGCUCUUGCAAUAUUGCAUCCCACUGUUCUUCAUUAUACUUUGCUACCUGCGUAUCUACUUACGUCUACAGAAGAGAAAGGACAUGUUUGAGAAGAGUGAAUACAGCAAUCGAGCAGUUCAGCUGAGAAGGAUAAAUAUUUUGUUGGCAUCCAUGGUUGUGGCUUUUGCUGUUUGCUGGCUACCACUGCAUGUUUUCAACACCAUUGUGGACUGGAAUUACAAAAUAAUUUCACCUUGCUACCACAAUUUGAUCUUCUCAUUGUGCCACCUGGUAGCUAUGGCCUCCACUUGUGUCAACCCUGUUAUCUAUGGUUUUCUAAAUAGCAACUUCAAAAAAGAAGUUAAGUCGCUGAUUCUGAGCUGCCAGCAUAAUUCAGUAACUGCAUCAAUGGAAGAAUAUGAUCAUUUGCCUUUAUCCACCAUGCAGACUGAAGUCUCUAAGGGCUCACUGAUGUUGAACUGCAGACAUAAUUCUAUCUAGCCAGUAGAAAACGUUUCAGAGGGGUGCUCUAACACCACACACUAAUUAUUACCUGUAGGUAUAAAAAGCAACUGGCGAUGCCAUAGCUAGGAUGUGAACAGGAAGCCAUUAUUGACUGAUUUUUUGGAAGAACAGGCAAAGGAAUGUUGUAAAUAUAUACAGUAGUUCCUUGUGGUACACAAGUUGUUUGUGUCAUUGAGAUGGUACAAACAUAGAGGAGCCCGGGUUGAUGCACAUGCAGCUGUUCUGACAGAUCAGUAACUGAGCUGCACACAGACUGACAUGGGGCUCAUCAGUCAAGCCCACAUCUCUACCAUGGCUGCAGUAGAAACCCAGACUUCCAGUAUGAGCACAACAGGCUGCCAACAGUUGCAUUAGAGAAGACUCUCCCAGCUUUUCAGUAUUAUUAAAGAUUUUUAUGCACAGUUGACACACCAGUGGAACAGAGAUAUAUAAAUACAUACAUUUUUGUGCUUUACCAACUCUCACAGCCCACUAGGUAAUGGUAAUCUUUUGGCAGAUCUAGUUCACAUCAAACAACUGGGUGUUUGUAUGAAAUGUCUCUGUCAUAUUGACUUGGGAACAGCCAUUGCCUCUCCAAGUAGGAACACAGAACAAUGACCUGGCAUGUAAAGACAACAGUUACUUAUUGAGGGAUGGUGGCAAAUGAAAAUGUUACUCAGUGUAUUAAAUUCUUAAAACACAUUGAGAUGAUGCUAGGCACCAUUUUUAAGCAAAUGAAAAACAGUUGUAGAUCUACAUGGAAAUGGAUCUCAUGGAUUUCACAAUUCCUGCUGCUGUCAGUCACAAAGCUCUACAAAGCUGAAACUGUGUGCCACGAUGGCAGCUGGAUUACCGGAGUUGUUCGUGGUGAUGGUAGCAAGAUAUUGCUUCUGCUUCAGCAGCUCCUUGGUACUUUAAUUGCAAAAUAUCUUAUGCAGAAAGUCAGAACAAGCAUGAAAACAUGUUUGUAGAAGCCCAGUCUUUUCAGAAUAAGUACGUUCCUAAAGAAAUAACCACAUGCAUGGAGGCUUUCAGUUUCCUGUUAAAAUAAAACCUGAUGUCAGUACAAGUCCCACUCACUGUCAUCAGCAGAAAUGGAGCUGAAAUUCUAUCUAAGCAGUAGAAGGCCAAUGAAAAUACUCAAGUGGAAUCCAGAGUAGAUUCAAGGCAAGUUACAUGCAAAUUAAUAGAGCAAUUGACAGUAUUAAUUGAGGGUUACACUUUUUCACAUCUGUGGUACUUCUAGCCUCUGUCCACAAAACCUACAAAUAAUGAACUUAUUUUAACCUCUAUAGCCAUAGAGGUUGCUCAGUGACCGCUGAGAAGUCAAGAAGUAAUUAUGUCCAAGAAGCCUGUACUAAGGAAUUGAUUAAAAAUAAAAACACAACAAGUAUAAAAAGGAGACCAACCAAGACUUUGCUAAAAAAAUGUGGAAGCAUAUUCUGUCCUGAGUGUUUAAACUAGCCUUAGCAGAAGAUUGGAUUAGGUGACCAGCUAAGGUAAUUUCCAACCUGAAUUAUGCUGUCAUAAGCAGCUGUUACUCAUUGUAGUCAAUGGAUUUGCAUUGAGUUGAAGCUCCCCGGUGUACAGUUAUACAGACAGCUGGAAACCCCUUAGCUGGGAGCUCUCUGAUUAGACAAAUAAGUGAACAGUAAGGUGAGGAAAAAAUUAUUUGCACCCUGUGGUCUGACAUGCAAUAUGAAUGUUGGACAGAAUAUCUGAAGACAAGAUCAAAACCUUAUGCUAUAAGGUACCAAGAGCUAUCAACAAGCAUGAGACCAUAUCCUCAGCUGGCAGAAAUGGGAGUUAAUCCCUUGCUCUGAGCUGGGUGCAUAGAAGUCAGUGGCAAAACUUCAAGUUUAGACUUUAAUUCUCUUGUGCAUAAUCUUAAGGCAGAAGCUGUUUUGAUGGAGCCAUCCUUCUAAUUCUGCAUAGAACCUAUAUAUCUCAGCAAGUGUUCAGUGCAAUUACCUUUUGUAUUUUCAUCAAGCAUUUGGCAAGGCAUUUUAGCUUCUUUCAAAUGGCCUUCUUUCUGCUUUGUUUUUUUCUUUGUUACUUGCCACAGUAUGACAAGAAGUUGUUUCUCUUGAUUUGUCUGCAUGUAAUGUCAUUUCUAGACUAGACAUUAAGUCUAUAAGAAACACAGAACAAGAAGACUUAUUUUAUAUGCAGCUACUGUAGCUGAAGCAAUGAUGCAAUGUUGAGUAGUACAAAAUACAAUAACUCCUUGAUUUAUGUCAAAACUGUGCUGUAUUAUUCAAUGGCUUAAAUACUGCUUAAACUUUGUAGUGUAUUUUGUAUUUCAUCCAAUUAGCCUUGAGUAAUUCUGCCUGUUUCCUGCACUUGUUAUAAUUCCAGCAUUUAAUUAACUAACAUGCAUGUCAAGCUAUUGUAAGAAUAUUCUGCUAAACAUGAACAUGAUUUAUGAUUUUAAGUAUACAA